AUGACUCUAGAACUGCCCACCGAGACGACGCACCUUUCCGACUCGCUCUUGGCUGAAUUUGCCAGACAUACCACUAUCGACAUCGACAAUAAUGUAGCGUCCAUUGCAGCCCAGCAUAAUCUGGCGCAUCGUCGACUGCUCGAACUCGACGAGACGAAACACACGAACCGAGCACAGAUCGAUCAGCAAGUCGUCAACGAGUUUCAAUCGCUUUUUCACGACAUGACCUCGAACCAGAUCAUUGUUUUGUCAACCUACUCUGAACUUCUGACGAACGACAAGAACAAGGCUGCAAAGUUGGUUGAAAUGUGUGUUGCAGCAGCAAAGCAGAUCAAGGGUGGGAUGUGGAACGGCAAGCAACUAUCCAGUACAGUAUUGGAGAGAAUCUCGGUUGAUGGACUGACUGGUGCAGAGUCGGAUGAGGAGAAGCAUCAACAACUCGCAUCCGACAUUCUCACUGUUCACUUUGGGCUUGAAAUGCUGCCCAACCUACUCGCCAGCGGUAAUCUUCAUGCACAGACGGCGACCUCUCAGGCCUACAAUGCUAGUGCUACCGUCAGACACGCUCGACGAUUCGUCGCGCUAUACGAGCUUAUCUCUGGAGACACUGUCGAUAGUUCGCGUGUCUGUAUCAAGAUUCCAACGACCAUCGCCGGGCUGCAAGCUAUGCGCUUCCUCUCUUCUGGCGGCAUUCUGGACGAGAACAACGUUGGUGGACCACUGCUUGAGGGAAAAAUUCAAGUGCUUGCAACGACUGUAUUCGCAGUCGAACAGGGUCUCGCUGCAGCACAAGCGGCGGGGGCGACAUACGUGGCGCCCUACAUCAACGCUCUUGCUGCGCACUUUUUUGAUGCGGAAAAUCCGAGCGCAGAGGACAAGCAAAAAGCCCUAGACGCGGGCGGGCGAUCGAUCUCUGAAAUCAUCUACCCUCUGCAGCGUUGCUUGAGGCGAAUGCGUCAGCAGAACAACAAAAUCAAGACAAAGGUCAUGGCGGCGUCGUUCAUAAAUGCUGAGGAAGCGAUAGAGCUGUGUGGGCUCGAUCAUGUCACGUUGGGCGCAGGAAUCGUGCAAGCGUUGGCAACCACCAAGCUUACGGAUGGGAUUGUAGAGACCAUGCAUCAAGCUAGUGAUAAGAUGCGCAUCGCCGAGGAGAAGGAGCUCGAACGGUAUUGUGCAACCUUAGCGGCUAUCAAGGAUGGUGAAGCACAGGGAUGUGGAGGAUGGCUGAAGCAAGGCCAUCGAUCGCACGCUCGUCUUGAGAUCGUUCUGACACAGGAUGAAAGAUGCCGCUACAUGCUAGCUGAUGCUCUCGCCCGAUUCACAAGCGCUGAAGUGAAAUUACGUCAGCUGUUUGUUGUCUAA